AUGAUAGAAGUGGAGGUCAAUGAUCGUUUAGGAAAAAAGAUCAGGGUCAAGUGCAUGAGUGAGGAUCUUGUUGGGGACUUCAAGAAAGUUCUAGCGCUUCAAUUGGGCGUUUCUUGGACGAAAAUCGAGCUUCAGAAAGGUGGUUCUGUGCUCAAGGAUCAUAUCAGUUUAGAUGAUUACGAGGUUCAUGACGGAACAUACCUUGAACUAUACUACCUUUGA